GGACUGUGUUUUCGUCGUGUCCAUGGCGUCGUUGUGGGGCUGCCGUUGUGUGCGGUUGCUGUUGUUGUUGGUGGUGGUGGCGCUGUAUGUGGGGGUGAGUGACGCAGCCACGAGGGAGGGGAGGGUGCUGUUGAAGCAGCAGCGAUGGAGUCUUCAACAAUUGAGGAAGGCGAGUUGGGCGUCGCGGAUGCGAGCCCAGCAGGCGCGGGGAGGGACUCGAGGGCAAGGGGUUGGAAGUGGUGGUGAUGAAGUGGCGCUGGUGAAUUACUUGGACGCGCAGUACUAUGGGGUGAUUGAGAUCGGGACCCCAAAGCAAGAGUUCACUGUGGUUUUCGAUACCGGCAGCUCGAAUUUGUGGGUUCCGUCGGCGAAGUGCUACCUCUCGUUGGCGUGUUUCUUCCACCACAGGUACAAGGCAAGAAAGUCCAGUACGUACAAACAGGAUGGUACACCAUUUGCCAUCCAAUAUGGCACAGGAUCCAUGGAAGGUUUCUUGAGCAUCGACGAUGUGACCCUCGGUGACCUCACCGUUAAAGCACAGGUGUUCGCCGAAGCAACCAAAGAGCCGGGCGUUACUUUUCUGGCAGCUGAAAUGGAUGGAAUUCUUGGUCUAGGCUUUAAAGAGAUUUCAGUCAAUGACGUAAAUCCUGUGUGGUACAACAUGUUGUACCAGAAGCUGGUCCAAGAACCUGUAUUCUCGUUUUGGUUGAAUCGGGAUGUAGAAGGAGAGAAAGGUGGGGAGCUUGUCUUGGGCGGAGUGGAUCCGCAUCAUUUUAAAGGCAACCACACGUACACACCUGUCACCCGUUUAGGAUACUGGCAGUUCGACAUGGGUGACGUACUUUUAGAUGGACAGAGCACUGGAUUCUGUGCUGGAGGAUGUGCUGCAAUUGCAGAUUCCGGAACUUCUCUGUUAGCUGGUCCUACGGGUAUCGUAGCUGAGAUCAAUUAUGCUAUUGGUGCUACAGGCAUCAUUAGCGGGGAGUGCAAGUUAGUCGUUGACCAAUAUGCGGAUUUCAUCAUCCAGAUGCUCAUGUCCAAGCUUCUUACUCCAUUGAAAAUAUGUGCCAAAGCUGGAGCGUGCCUUGUAGAGGAAGGAACCUCAACAAGGAACCCGAACAUUGCUAGUGUGCUUGAAAAGCAUGAAAAUGAUUUGGGCAAUGGAGUAACGUGUGUCUUCUGCGAGAUGGUCGUCAUCUGGGCUCAGAAUCAGCUGAGGAAGAAUGGUACUCAAGCCCAAAUCAAGGAACACUUGAACCAGCUUUGUGAACGUCUUCCGAAUCCAAAUGGAGAAUCCAUGGUGGAUUGCAAUAGUUUAUCAUCAAUGCCGGAUGUUAGUUUCACCAUUUCUGGCACGACAUUCAAGCUUACCCCUGAGCAGUAUGUUCUGAAAGUGGGCGAAGGUGAUGAUGCGCAAUGCACAAGUGGUUUCCUUGGAAUUGAUAUUCCACCACCAGCUGGACCGUUGUGGAUUCUUGGAGAUGUGUUCAUGGGGGCUUACCAUACGGUGUUCGACUUCGGGAACCAGCGAUUGGGCUUCGCUUUGGCUGCUUAGAUCCCAAAAUAAUAUAGUUGAUUAUUAGUACUUCUCAACCUUGUAAUGUAUGCACUGGUAGCUUACUCUUACUGCUCUAUUUAGUUUUGUUUGGAUAUUUUAGAGCCCAUCCAGGACUUCUUACAGUAUUACAAACAUGAUUUCAAAAAUAGGAUGGUGUGGCAUGUUGUUAAUAGUAAAAGAAUACUGAUGUCAUCCACUAAGUUCUCAUCGACACUCGGAUAGGAGUAAAGCUACCGCAUCAAACAGAAUAUCACAUUUUGCCCAAACCAUCCUAGUGUAAUACCAUUUAAUGUAUUGAUUGGACCUCUGCCGUGCAAUGGAGGUUUCACUUUGUAGGAUAAUUUGAGGUGAAAAUAUCGCAUGAGAUAGUUCAAACA